UGGCGACCGAGCGCGGUCACACGACGCCACUUCUCUAUCAGCGCCCUCCGCCUCCCUCCCUCCUCCACGGUCAGCGCGGCGCCCGCUGAGCGGAAUUCGCACGAGCGUCGCGCCUCGCGUCUCCAUUCCACUCGGUUCAGUGUACGUGCGACCGUUCGCGGCCGAGGACGAAUUGCCGCGCUACGCAACACUCGGCUUAUUACGCAGUUGCUAUUAUCGCUAACCGCGUGGACCUUUCCGAACGAACUUUAUGUGCACCUCUUUACCUUUUGCGGCUCCUGCAAAGGCAGACGAUUCGCGUAUUAUCCCCAAAAAGACUCGGUGAUAACCCUUAUCAGAGUGGAAAAGUUGUAAAGUGUAACCGAACUCGGAAGGACACCCGAAUUUACGCAGUGGUAAUAUUAUUGAGACCGUUGACAGUGGCUGUGAACAUAUGAGAGACAAAAUUUGGUGUUUCAAGCCACGUUACAAGGUUAUCGCGCUUCUAGUCCGCCAGUGAUGAAUUGGAAAAUCGGCGCGUAGUCGCUCACGUGGUCGCGCCCCGCCCCCGCCUCGCCCGCGCUUAUAUUUAGCGAAAAUCGCCUCUCGGGAGCGGCCCGACGGCUGAAGCUCUCUGCGCACAUCGCUGUUUAUGAACAGCGAGACGCCACAUGUUAUUGGCUUCAAAUAACAUUGCCGAUAAGGACAAGACAGAUAACCUCUCCGGAUCACGGUUCGACUCCGACGACGUUCUGGAAAUAGAAAGAAAUCUGUUGAAAAUCCGAAAGGAGAGCACGCUGAGAUGCUAACGGCCGGUGUCGGCACGCGCCGGUGAGCGCUCCGACCGACACACCUACCAAAAAAUUCCACUGAUCGAAAUCGAGGCGGCAAGAUGUCUAUACAAGGGGGCGGUAGUUAUCACAGCCCGUGGUCUUCACAGACCGGGCUCACGGAUCUAGAAGGCGCUAUUGGUGAAAUAGAGCCUCUGGGGGAGUUGGCUGAAGCAGGAUUUGAGCCUCAAACUCGAGCGCGCUCUAACACGUGGCCACUGCCGAGGCCAGACAACUAUAUAGAACCGGGCGAUGAGACAGGCUCUAAGAAGAAUUCCAAUCAGAAUUUGGCCGGUGCACCACCAUUGCCCACAUCGACAGUGACGACCAAGAAAAACUCCUCCCGUCGUAAUGCGUGGGGCAACCUAUCCUAUGCCGAUCUCAUAACUCAGGCCAUUACGUCAGCUCAGGACAAUAGGCUAACAUUGUCACAGAUCUACGAGUGGAUGGUUCAGAAUGUGCCAUAUUUUAAGGAUAAGGGUGACAGCAACUCUUCUGCUGGAUGGAAGAACUCGAUCCGGCAUAACCUGUCAUUACAUAACCGGUUUAUGCGGGUCCAAAACGAAGGCACCGGAAAAUCUUCCUGGUGGAUGAUCAAUCCGGAUGCGAAACCAGGGAAGUCGGUUAGAAGACGCGCAGCUUCAAUGGAGACAUCCAAAUUUGAAAAAAGAAGAGGCAGAGUUAAGAAGAAGGCUGAAGCAUUAAGGAAUGGCGUGACAGCAGACGCCACUCCAAGUCCCAGUAGUUCAGUUUCAGAAAGCCUUGACAUGUUCCCAGACUCACCACUGCACAGCAGCAGUUUUCAGUUGUCGCCGGACUUCCGUCAGAGGGCGUCGUCCAAUGCAUCAUCAUGUGGCCGGCUAUCCCCAAUUCCAUCCAUGAUCACAUCGGAGCCAGACUGGGAUUACAACCCCGCUGGGGAUUUCGCGUCAAAUAGCGAUUUCCCUCAAGCAGAGUACACGCAAGAGGACGCGCAGUUGGCCGGACUUGCGGACUCUAUGAAACUGCAAGGAGCCGAUCCAUUCCUUAACACGUAUGUUCCAACGACGUCAUCGUCAUCUUCCGGGAACAAUUAUCGUUACCCCUCUUACGGGACGUCGUGUCCACGACAUCUGCAUGGGGGAUGCGCAUGCGCAUCCCUAUAUUCUCAUCCGGCGCAUCCCGCGCAUCCAACACACCCACACCAACAUGCAAUGGACCCCUUCGUGCGACCACCACCCCCAGCUGAUCCUGCCGAUAUUAUGCAAACAGAAAAUGUACCGGCUCAAAUGGUGACGACAUCAGACGCAGCCCUCAUGAAUGGUGGCAUGAUGGUACAGGCUGGUACGAUGGGGCCCACUACAGUUAUGGGCCAAAUAAUGGGUGCCCUGCAUGCUGGUCUAGCGGAGGAUAUCAACAUCGAAUCGCUGGAACAUGGCUUUGAUUGCAACGUUGAUGAGGUCAUAAAACAUGAGUUAAGCAUGGACGGCUCCUUGGACUUCAACUUUAGCCAGCAGCAAACCACAAUGGCUGCCGAAGCAGAGAGUCAAUUCGUGGCGCCCGCUCCUCCAGUUCCCACCACCCUGUCUGGCGGGGGCGCCCCACGCACCCCCUAUUCCGUCGCCCCCUCUUGGGUCCACUAAACAAAUCCUGCUAAUAUUCGGACUAAGUUACCUACUUAUCAGGUCGUCCACAAACUACCACGUCCUAUGUACAUACAGCGAAAAUUUGUUUUUUUUUUUUUAAUUUGUUACUUUGGUAUUGUAGUCGAGAUUUCUGUUCAUUUUAUCAUGUUAACUAAUAUUAGAGUUUUAUUUAGUGUUAAAGUUAAGUGGACCGUUACCGAUCGUUGUUGAAGUGUCAAUUGUGUUAGAUUAGAGUUUAGUGCUAAGCUAGGUGGAAGCUUGUGAUAUAGAUAGGAUAUUGUAAUCCGAAUAGUUGCUUGGACCUGGAGGGGGCGGGGCCUGGGUUCGAUUCCGUGUGACGAUGACCAGCUUAAAAAGAGAGGUCAUUCAUAUAUACUUCAAUAUGGCGAUAAUGUCACAUCGAUUGAGUUGGUGAUGGUCAAAACUACAUAUAUUGGAGCGACGAAUAAAAUUCGUGCUCUAAAUAUACUUCAUGGAAGAAUCCUGUUAAACUGAGGUUGUGGUGGUAUUCUAAAACAAAACAACGAUCAUCACAAAGAAACAAAAACGAGAAGACCAGUUACAAUCGAGACUGAUACUAGUGUUCUAACAGUUGUUAUUGGCAAGCAAAAUUGACGAUCAAAGUGUGUGAUUGAAUAAUUAAAAGUGAUAUUUUGGACGUUGAAAAUUUUAGGUUAAGAUAUUUGACCUCGCGUAAGUUACACUUGGUGUAUGUAUCGAGAAUUUCCGCCGGUUCGAAACAUCUUCUCGCUGUCCCCUCCUAUACGUCAUAAAAGUUAGGUCUGUUUCAAUUUUGAAUAGAAAGAAGAUUGCAAACCUCCUUUUAAUAGACUGAUUUAAAGAUUUCGACAUAGCUAAUGAAAUCUAAAGCACGAUAGGAAUGCUUGACUGGUUCAUCCGAAAGCAUCAUAUAAAACCAUCGAGUUUCAUGGUUCGUAGUUUAUUGCCAUUUUUAGUUUCUAGUGUAUAUUUUCUACAAAUGCCAUACCCAUUGUCAUAUUAUAGUAAUUAUACGAAAUAUUUUUGUGAGAAUCAAACUUAUUAGUUUCUGGUUGUAUUGACAGGUAGUUCAGUUUGGAAUUUGCAUAACGAUAAAGAACAUUGAAGCAUUCUGUGUAGUUACGUUGUUUCCAGAAAAUAAAAAAUAUUUUUGGUAAAAACUUUUUCAGAAUAACACCAAUUGUUAUAUAUAAAUAUAAAAUACUGCACGUAAAAGAAUACCAAAUAAUAUUUAAUUUAAAUUUUAACAGAUCUAAGCAGAUUGUGAUCAAAUUCCUUGAUUCAUUCAACAUCAGAAUCAAGAUGAGUAUUCAUAUUAUUGAUAGUAACUCUACUGAUUGUGCCUGUUAGAAUAUUUUGAGAGGGAAAUUUUGACGGUAUGCUCAUCGUUCAAAGAUUUUUGUAAUAAAACUUAUGACUUUGGAAUUUAUGUCUUAGAAGUACGCACAAACAAAAUCCAAUAUAGUCAGAUCUCUAGUCCCAGAUGUUAAUUUGAAUAAGCUACUUUGCCUACUAAGUUCAGAUAUUACUCAUAGUUAAGCAGUGUUGAGGUUUAGCCCAAAGUAGCAAAAAGAAUUCAUUCUGUGAAUUACCUCAGUGGACUGUUUGUGAUAGAUUUAGCCAAUAAGUGUUCAAUUUAGUACUUGUAUCAUAUAAGUCAAUUCUUGUACCUUUUGGCGUCCAUUUGCAUAUAUAUAUAUUAAACACACUGGUUGAUUUUGCGUAUUUUUUAUUUUAUUUUAUUCAAUUGGCUCGUAAAUUAUUCUCCGCUUUUAAACUUUACUCUGUAUAUUUGCAGCUGAUAAUGGUGCUAUAGAUACUAUUUUGGAUAGCGCAUAUACCUAAACAUUUUUAAUUACAAAAUUGAAUACAUUUACAGUAAAAUCUAUGUACAAAAAUCGAAUUACGUACCUAACGAUACGUUCUUAGAAAAUGGUGAAUACUUUUCUGGUAGAAUUUCCGUCAAACGCAUUACUUAAUACAAUAUUAAUGGGAAAACCUUUUUAAAAAUGAAUUAUGAAGAUUGACAAAGUUCUAUCAGGAAACUAUAUAUGAACGUAACAUGUGUCUACUAAUGUAGAUAUUUUAUAUGAUCAAGCCUUGGAAAUGGGACGCGAGCGAUGAUCACACAAUUUAAUUUUCUAUAAAUAUGUAGAUAGUUAAUAUAUAAUUUUUUUUUUGUGACUUCAAGUCAAAAUUGUCCUUGGACGUCGACAAUCGACUCUUACUAGGUGAUGGGAAUUAUUAUAGUAACCAUUUGCCAAAUAUACGUACGUAACAAAGCCCAAUAAACUAUUCGAUUAUUUAGAAUGCAAAAAAAUUAAAUCGAUAGUUAUAUUAUGAGUGUUUUAGAUGAUUAAUCUCUUCGGAGUUAUCUCAUGCAGUAGUUAAGGAUGUUAGUUAAUUAGGUAUCUCUUGGUUGUUGAAAUAUUAAAAAUAUACAUUAUGACGAGACGUUAUUCGAUGUCAAUCCAUAUGGUCAAUUAAAUAUGGACCGAAUUAAGUCUGUUCUCAUUAAGGCCUAGCGUUAAUGUGAAAGAAUAAAAUUGUAGACUCCAUUGUGCUUUUAGUCCUAGUUUUGCUUACUAUUUCAUUUAUACCUCAGACAACGUCAUUGUAGCUUUAUUAUUUUAUAAAUUUGUAAUUUUUGAUAUGAUAAAUAAUACAAUUCUGUCUCAUACAAUUUUAUUUGUAAUUAUAUAUUUAUUAAGUUACUUAAUUAAAUUUUAUUUACAAGUAACAAUUUCACUUUCAUUAUACGUAAGUUAUAUAGUUAGAUAGAAACUAGAGCUAGAAGCACAGAUAUGAGUUAGAUAUUAUGUAUAAGUAUAAAAUUACACAGCUUCACUAUGUAGGGGAAUUAUGCAUGCUAUUUUUUGUGUAUUUAAAUAAACAAUACCUUCUGCAGUUGCAUGCAUAAUUUUGAUACGGAAACUGUGUGAUUUAGGGACCCGAUUUUACAUAAACGUAAAGACAUGUUUUUUAUAUACAAAUUAUAUAAUAUAAUAUAUAUAUAUAUUAUUUAUAUAUUAUUUAUUAAUCGAAUUGGACAUUAUAAGUGCAUAAAGGAUGCUAAUCCAACUAAAUAAUCUAAUCGUUCGUUAACAUCGCACAAAAACGGACACAGAUAAUAGUAACGAUGGAUUCAUCAAAUGGAUUUAAUUAUGAAAUUGCCUUAAAAUAAUUCGAUUAUUGUUGGACGAAUGUUACACAUUACGGUUGUUUAGAAUAGGGUCCCUAGUGUAGGUCUAGAGGAGUCGCAUAGAAAUAUUGUUUGCAUUAAACUGAGAUUGUUCUCAUUGUGUGUGCAAAAAUAUAAACGCGUAGUGACGCAUUAAUUAAGUCCCCAUUCUAUGAUGCUCAUGGGAUUUGUCUAGUUUUUAAUAGAUAAAAUAUAUUUUAUUAUUAGUCCAUGGUUAGUAAUCAUGUAUUUAUAGGAAUCAGGUGCAACUGCAUGCAAAAUAUUUCUAUGUGAAUUAUUUCGUACAAUUAUAAAAAUUUUCUAUGUUUGCAUAGCUAUUAUGUUUAUCGCGUAACAUUCUCUUUGAUUCGUUGUUUUUUUUUUCAGUUGCUUAUUAUUAUUAAAAUUAUGACGAAAAAUGUGAAAAACUAGUUAAAUUAGAAGAAAUUAUGUGUUUUAAUGUAAAUAUAUAGACAAAAACAUUGUAUGUAGAAGUACAUAAAUAUUAUUUAUGUAUUAAAUUUGAUAUUGUUUUCAAAAUUUA